AUGCUUUGGAACACUUAGGAAUUAUAUCUUUAUUUGAAACAAAUAAUCUUUAAAGACAAGACGCAUUUGUUAGAUAAGGCAAGGGAUCUAUAUGAAAAGUUACUUAAAUUAGAACCUAAUAGUGUAACAAUUUUACUUAAUUUAGGUGGCUGUUACUAUAAAUUGGGAUAGUUUGAAUAAGCAAUAAAAUAUAACUAAAAUAUUUUAUCAAUUGAUCCAAAGAAUUAUUUGGCUAACUUCAAUUAAGGAAUAAUUUACUAUUAAAAAGGUAUGACUGAAAAUGCUAUUAAAUACUUUCAGAAAUCUUUUUAGUCAAAAUCUAAAUAUGGUGACGCUAUUUACAACUUAGGAAUCAUUCAUGGCUAAAAUGGAAACUUAUAAGAAGCAGAGUACUUUAAUAAGUUGGCUCUAUAAACAAAUAAUGAUCUUGCUAAGGUUUAUUAAUUGCUUAAUAUCCCAGAAUCAGACAUUAAAAUAACCUCAGAAAUAAAAGAUAUAUUUGAAAAAGUAUUGAAUGCAAAAAUUGAGCAAGGAGUUGACUUUUAUAUUUUAGCUUUUGUUUAAAAUUUGUUAGGUUACAAAGGAUAAGCAUUAUAUAAUUGUGAGAUCGCUGUAAAAUUAAAUGAAAUACUAGCCGACGCAUUUUAACUCAAAGGAUAAAUACUAAAAUAAUAAGGCUAAUAAAAAGAAGCCAUUAAAUGCUUUGAUAAAUUUCUUGAAUUAAAACCAUAUUCAACAUUCCCUAACUAAAAAAUGCGAAGAGUAUAUCAUAUUUUUUUAAAUAAAUGA